AUGGCAGCAACCAAAACUAUAGUACUUAUUACUGGGGCAAACAGCGGGAUCGGUUUCGAACUUGCCGCCCAGCUAACGGCCAGAGAGUCCUACCACGUCCUCAUGGGAGUCCGUUCCAUGCAAAAAGGCAAUGAUGCUCUGGACCGGCUACAAUCCCGCAAUCUACCAAGCACCCCGGAGCUGCUCCAUCUCGACGUCACCGACGAUGAGACUAUCCACCGCGCCGCAGAGACAGUCGAAAACUCCCACGGGAAACUCGACAUCCUCGUCAACAACGCCGCCAUAGUAGCUACGGCUCCAACCCUGCGCCGGAAGUUGCAAGAAGAAUUCAAUACCAACGCCACCGGUCCGGCCGUCGUGACGGAGUGCUUUGCUCCACUGCUGAAGAAGUCCACGGGAUGCCCGCGGAUCAUAAACAUCUCCAGCGGCGCAGGCUCGAUUGCCCGUCGUUUGGAUCCGUCUUCGGUGUUGUACAAGGUGCCAGGCCUGCAGUAUCGUGUGAGUAAGGCGGCGCUGAAUAUGGUAACUGCGUGUCAGUGGGUGGAGUACGGCCCUGCUAUCAAGGUCUUUGCGUAUGACCCCGGCUUCACCCAGUCGAAUCUCAGCGAGAGAAACACGGCGGAGAAUGGGGCUAAGCCGCCUGCUCAGGCGGUGCAGCCGUUGAUUGAUGUGCUUGAGGGGAAGCGGGAUAAUGAAGUUGGUCAGUUGUUGCAUAACACGGGUGUUUAUCCUUGGUAA